AGAUACUUAGUACCAUAGUGUUUGAUUUCAGCAAAGGGAGAGCUUACAGAUGAAGAGCCAGUAUCAAAAGCACAACUUGGGGCAUUUUUUGCUGCAAUGACCAUUCGUGCAAAUGCCUUUCCAGAGCCAACCCAAUGGAGUGAAGGGGAAAGGCGUGCGAUGAAUCAUUAUUGGCCCCAAUUGAUUCGAGUGCUUCCCGAAGAUACCAUAUUUAUUGCUGAUCCCGAAGGCUCGAUAAUGGGUAUUGGCAGUUCAAUAGGCCCCCAAUUUGUUGGAAAUGGUACUGCCGAGAUGAGACUAGUUGGUGCCCUCAGGGAAGUUUUGGCUGGGGGUCAUCUUGGAUACGAGGAAGUUCAGGGUGUUCUAAAAGACGUCCUUCCAUUGAAAAUGGGAUCAUCUAGUGUAAGUGAGUCACUCCUUUCUGCACUUAUGAUAGGCCAACGAAUGAAUCGGGAAACAGACCGCGAGUUGAAAGCCUACUGCCUUGCAUUUGAUGAUGAACUUGGCCCUGCACCAGUUGCUGAUGUAAACUCAUUGACUCACUAUGGUGAGCCUUAUGAUGGAAACACCCGCUACUUCAGAAGCACACUGUUUGUUGCUGCUGUUAGAUCCUGCUAUGGUGAAUCUUGCUUGCUCCAUGGUGUGGAUUGGAUGCCACCAAAGGGAGGCAUUACUGAAGAACAAAUGCUGAUGUUUAUGGGGGCAAACACACACUUAAACCCCUCUCAAGCAAAAAAGCUUCUUGAGGAUGACGAAGUUGGUUUUGCUUAUGUAAGUCAACGUGAAGCUCGCCCAUCUUUAUAUUCAUUGAUUGGGUUAAGGGAACAUAUAAAGAAACGCCCACCGCUGGCAACAGCUGAGAAAGUUCAACAAAUUGUGCGGGCUCGGGGAAAGGAAGCAAUUGUUGCUGGUUUCUAUCAUGAAGGCUAUGAAGAACCACUGUUAAUGCUUAUGAGAAGAAGGGGUGUGCAUGCUGGUUUGGUUGUAAAGGGUGAGGAAGGUGCACUUUCGAUGACGACGAGGUUGCGGUCUGCAAAUGCAUCAAAAGGACUUCCUGUGAAUUAUUGCUCAGGGUUUCGUUCGGUGAAUUUGGCUCCUGCUUGUGCUGUUGAUGAUGUCGCAGGUGUAUCACGUGAGAGUUUCAAUAUUGAGGUGAAUGCUAGGGAUUAUGGCUUUGAAUCUACAGAUACUCCAAGAACAGAUAGAUCUGUUGCAAGGAAUAUAGAGUUGGGUUUAGCAGCUUUACGUGGUGAGAAAGGUCCAGCCUACGACAGAAUUGUCUUAAAUGCCGGAAUGAUUGACCAUUUGCUUGGGUCUGAUGGAGCUCAAGACAUAAGUGCAGCCUUUGACAGAGCGAGAGAAGCAAUCGACAGUGGCAAGGCCCUCACAAAAUUCCUAAAUUACAUCAAAAUAUCUAACAAAGUUAUAUCAUAAUCUGAGGCAUGUUGGAUUUUCUCCUUCCUCCUUUUGCCAUACGAGUGCAAUAGUCGAUAUAUGAUGACAUUGAGAACUUUUCUUUUCUUUUAUCUCGUCUUUCCAAGCUGUUGUACAUGACCACAAGGAUUUUCAGUUUUGCUUAAGCAAGCCUUUGUUAUCCCCCUCCCACUUCUUCCCCACUUGAAAAGGUCUAUUCUAUAGAGGAUUUGAGAACUGCUCUGAGGAAUUGUUCUGUUAUUUAGUUAUGAGGUUAUGAUAGUAUCAGGAGUAGUGCACAGAUAACCGUUUUGGGAUUACCAUUUAAGCGAUCGCUGUAGUUUAUAAUGUUCUUUUGUAAGUUUAGCCACUUCGGAAACAAUAUCAGGUAUACGAGAUUUAAGUUGCAAAAA